AUGUCCUCAGUUCUGCAGAAGCUCAUCAGCCCCCUGGCCACUGGCCCGGCUGAGCCUCCCAGGAACAAGGUGACGGUGGUCGGGGUGGGCCAGGUGGGCAUGGCCUGCGCCGUCAGCAUCCUGCUGCGGGACCUGUGUGAUGAGCUGGCUCUGGUUGAUGUGAUGGAGGAUCGUCUGAAAGGAGAGAUGAUGGACCUGCAGCACGGCAGCCUCUUCCUCAAGACCUCCAAGAUAGUCGCUGACAAAGAUUAUUCUGUAUCAGCCAACUCCCGCCUGGUUGUGGUGACGGCCGGCGUUCGCCAGCAGGAGGGAGAGAGCCGCCUCAACCUGGUGCAGAGGAACAUCAACGUCUUCAAGUCCAUCAUCCCCCAGAUCGUCAAGUACAGCCCUAACUGCACACUCAUUGUGGUCUCCAACCCUGUUGAUGUGCUCACAUAUGUCACCUGGAAGCUGAGCGGUCUCCCCAAGCACCGCGUCAUCGGCAGCGGCACCAACCUGGACUCCGCCCGCUUUCGUUACCUGAUGGCCGAACGCCUUGGCAUUCACUCGAGCUCCUUCAACGGCUGGGUGCUGGGCGAGCACGGAGACACGAGUGUUCCUGUGUGGAGUGGAGCAAACGUAGCUGGAGUCAACCUGCAGAAGCUGAAUCCGGACAUCGGCACAGAUUCUGAUAAAGAGCAGUGGAAGGCCACACACAAAGAGGUGGUGGACAGUGCCUAUGAGGUGAUCAAGCUGAAGGGCUACACCAACUGGGCCAUCGGCCUGAGCGUGGCUGACCUGACGGAGAGCAUCGUCAAGAACAUGAGCCGGGUGCACCCCGUCUCCACCAUGGUCAAGGACAUGUAUGGUAUCGGCGAGGAGGUCUUCCUGUCUCUGCCCUGUGUGCUGAACAGCACAGGCGUCAGCAGCGUCGUCAACAUGACCCUGACGGACGCCGAGGUGGGCCAGCUGAGGAAGAGUGCCGACACUCUGUGGGGCAUCCAGAAGGACCUCAAGGACAUUUGA